AUACAAUUUAUUUCUGAUGGACAUCUUGUCCUGCGCACAUUGGCAACUGAAGAAAUGUUUGCCUGCCAUUAUGGCUGCAAAUUUAAAAGACACCAUCCUUUUUGUUUUAAAUCGAUUCGAGAUCAGCUCCCAGCAAAUUUAUUCUUGCACCACUGAUAAUGGACGGAAUAUGGUCAAGUUUGUGGAACUUCUAAGUAACGAAAACAUUCCGGAGGAGUUGUACGACGACUCUUCAUACGAGAAUGAAACCGACGUCGACAACGACUUGUCUUUUAUGAAUGACGUUGUUUUGGAAAAUAAGUGCAUAAGUGUUCGUUGUGCAGCACAUACUCUUCAGUUGGCGGUCAAUGCAGUACUUAAAGACAAAAAUUGUUCGAAAACAAUUGGUUUUGCCAGGAACUUGGUCAAAAAAUUGCGAACACCAACCAUGUCUUACAUUAUGAAGGAGAAAAAUCUAAGAAAACCGCCCAUUGAUUGUCCUACGCGUUGGAGCUCGUCCGACAAAAUGUUAGCGUAUUUUGUAGAAGAUGCAGUAUACCAUUUAUAUUUGGAUCAAAAAGUUUGGGAUUCAAUUCGCGAAAUUGUAAGCCUAUUAGAGCCAGCUGAGGUUGUCACAUCAAAACUUCAAAGCCAAAAUUUGGUUUUCGGAGACUUUUACCACACUUGGAUUAGUUGUAAGCUACUCGUGCAGAAAAAUAACUCAAAGUUGGCCAAAUUUUUGUUAAAAGAACUGGAAGAUCGUGAAAUUUUAUUAUUUGAAAACGAUGCAUUUCUGUGUGGAAUAUUCUUAGAUCCCAGAUUCAAUAUUACCCUAAGCAAAAAUCAAAAACAGACUUGUAUUAGUCUAUUAUCCAAUAUUUACUUCCAAAUUCUAUCGAUAUCCAAUAAUUCAAUAUCAAUUAUUGAGAAAAGUUUAGAAGCAAGCCUUUCAGAAAGCUUCGACGAAGUUGAUAAAUACCUAAAAUUGGAAGAAGCAAGAUCUGUAGGCUCACCUUCAUGUAUGUCUACAUGCAGCCUUUUAGAAUCAAUACAAAUUUUUCUAAAACAAAGGCGCCUUUCCAAGUCAACAGACAUUAUUAAAUGGUGGUCUGAAUCUUCCGAAAAGUUCCCAGAGUUGUUUACAAUUUCUCAAGUGGCCCUAUGUGUUCCUGCUACGCAAGUGAGCGUAGGGAGGUUAUUUUCCAGCGUUAAGUUUAUCAUGAAUCCGCUCAGAAACCGUUUAGACAUGAAAACUUUAAACGCAAUCAUGCUUUUGAGAACCAAUCACAUGUUUUCCAAAUAAUUAACGUUUUUUCGUAAAUUUAUUAUCAUUAUAAGUAUAAUCAUCUCUAUGAUUUUGGAUCCAUUGAACUAUUAUUAAUGUGCCUUCAAAUAAAGUUUUUAUUUUCUUAAUAAAACAUAAAUAAUUUCAAUGUAUUCAUUGCCAUAAUUAACUCAAAUUUGUUUAACUGUACCGGUACGUACCGGUACCACAACCGGAACCAAAACAUCAAUACCAAAAUUGAAUCGUUUACCGAAUAAGUCGUUUCGGUAUGGGACCGGUACCAGAACGGAACCGAAAUAAGAUUCGGUUUGUUUCCCUGGUUUCCACUUGUCCCUGAUCCACUUGGGCCAUCGUAUGUUUCCAUUUUCUCAUCUGGUGGUUCCUUUUAAUUUGUCAUAAUUCUGUUGCGCAAUACCUUUACCGGUAGCCUGUUUAAAAAUACGGUUUUCUCUUUCUGAUCUUCUUUCCUCCCUGUUGUUGUCUUGUUUCCUUUUCUGGCGGCUUUUGAGUUAUGCGGCACCAAACUGUUUUUUUGAGACAUACGGCUUGCGCAUUUUCUCACUUUUCACUGGCAGUUCGCGACUGGUUGAGCCCCCAAAUGUAAGAUAUUAUUGGAUAUUGUUUAUUAAUAUUAUAUCGCGGUGCACAGGUAAUGAGUAGAACAAUUGGCUUUUGUUAAACUGCUGGAUAAAUGCUGCUGCUUUCUGCUGACUUUUCACACACGUUCGGCUGCUUCAAUUCUCUCUUGCUUACUCUGCUGUUCGGCUGCUACUUGUACUUCUUCUGCUCCUUCUGCUGUUACUCUGCUGUACGACUUCUGCUGCUGUUAUCCUGCUGUUCGCCUUCUGCUGCUGUUAUCCAGUGUACCUUUAUUAGAUCUGCUUGCCUACUCUCUGUUACAUAAAUUUAAUAUAUAUAUAUAAAGGAGAGUAACCCGUGUGUAUGAGAAACGUAAAUACAUCGGCCAUCGCUGUGGAACCUAGUGGAUUCCAUUGACGUUACUUUCGGCAAUACCAAAGUAGAGUGCAUUUUCUACCUGCGGCUAAUUCGAACCACGGCUCCAAGUAUUAUAUUUUAUUUUUCUACUGGUUCCUUUAUUUGGUUUGCUUUCAAUUAAUUUUCAUUUGUUAACUGUAAUUCGUUUACUUCAUUUUUUUUCUCUUUUACAAUUUUCGUUCAAAUAGAUUUAAUUUUAAAUUUUGUUUUUAUUUUUAGCAUUUCAAUUAAAUUGGACCAGUCGGUUUAUGUUAGUUGGUCUGAAAUUCUGGUCGGGGGUUUUCUUUAAGCAUAUAAGAAAAUUAUAUAAUAUAAGUAGG